AUGAGACUGUCCGACAUAUCAAUAGAUAGCGGAAGGAUUUUUGAAACACACUUCAGAUUCCCAAGAGACAUAUGCCUCACGAUGGUGUUUUCCUUGCUAAUCACGAUGGUGAAGAAUCUGAUAGUUCUCCCCACAGCAUCGGCCUUGAUCAAAAGACUUGGUCUGGAGAAAGAUCUUGGGUCUGAGAAGAAAAAAAAGUUCUGCAUUUCUCUUUGGAAGGCCAUGUUCUACUCAUUCACAUCUGUCUAUGGAUACUUCGUAAUAAGGAGCGAGCCCCGGGCCUACACUGCAAAGAAUCUCAUGGAUACGUGGGGAGUUCACGGCGCUCCUUCAAAGGUUUUGUUCUUCUAUCAUCUGGAGUUUUCAUACUACUUUGUUGAGCUGUUCUAUCUAUUUAGUGAGCAUGCGUACAAAGACUUCCUGCAGAUGGUGACCCACCACAUUGUAACCAUGCUGCUCCUAUUCUUGUCCUACCACAACGACUUGUUGCGUGCUGGCGUGGCUAUUAUAGUCAUCCACGACAUAUCCGAUCCGUUUCUGGAGAUUGGCAAGCUUACAAACUACAUCCAUGACAAGUCCUUGGCAACGAGCAUAUUCACGUGCUUUGCGGGGAUUUUCAUUGCUUCCAGGCUCGGGAUAUAUGCAUUCCUUCUUUCUCUUCCAAUAGUCGUCUCCAUGUGGGAGCACGGGUUCAGUCCAUCUCUAUUCCUCAUUGCCAUGCUAUUGCAGGGUCUACAGGCAAUGCAUAUCGUGUGGUCCUUGAUGAUUGUGAGGAUGGCAAGAAAGGUUAUCCAUGAGACAGAGUUAGAAGAUAUCAGGUCGAUCAAGACAGAGACCUCCCCUAGCCAACUCAGGUGUAAAUGA